AUGCCAAAUGUUGAUCAGAAGUCGGAGCGUUUUCGCAUUCCGGACACUCUGGUAGAAUGGCCUUGGCAGCGAGAAAUUAACCCUCUUUAUGAAGAGGUGAAAGCGGAAUCGUCGGCGUGGGUAGAGAGUUUCCAUGCCUUUGAUGGAAAAACGCAAAAGGCUUUCAAUGCCUGCGACUUUAAUCUUUGCGCUGCGCUCGUGUACCCGAAGUUUGAUAAAGAAAGGCUGCGCACUUGUGCUGAUGUCAUGAACUUCGCCUUCGCAUUUGAUGCGUACUCUGAUGCUGAAGAUGAAAAUGGCGUUCAAGCGCAACGAGAUAUUAUCAUGGAUGCCUUGAGAAACCCAAACAAACCUCGUCCUAGCGGCGAAUGCCUUCUCGGUGAAAUGGCUCGCCAAAUGUGGGCUCGCGCAAUCCAGACCGCAUCUCAUCAUGCACAAGUUCGAUUCGUGGAAACCAUGGACGUGUACACGACCGCAGUUGUUCAAGAAGCGGAAGAUAGACGGCUUGGUAAAAUCCGUGGCAUCGAGGACUACCUUACUGUUCGGAGGGGUACAGCGGGAGCGUACCCUUUCUUUGCUCUCCUUGAGCUGGAUACCGAUAUAGACGAAAACUUGCUCAAUCACGAGGCUGUGCUAGAGUUAGAGCGGCUGGCUGUUGAUUUCAUCAUUCUGGGUAAUGAUAUGGUGUCCUACAUCGUGGAACGGGACACGGGACAUCGGGUACAUAAUAUUGUCACGAAUGUUAUGCACGAGAUGCAUUCCGAUAUCCACGGCGCCAUGCACUGGAUUGAGAUGCGACACGCCAGUCUUGUUGAACGGUAUAUGAAAACAAUGAAGCGCGUGCCAUUGGCAGGUCCGGAACUAGAACGUUAUGUCUGGGGGGUCGGAAAUUGGGUCAGAGCAAUUGAUUGUUGGUACUUUGAGAGUGAACGCUACUUUGGCAAACAUGGUUUGCAGAUUCAGAAGGAACGGUGGGUCGACCUGCAUUUCUGUAGGGAGUAG